AAGCACAAAAUCGAAAGGCAAAACGUCAAAUUUACUUGUUAUACUAAAAAUUUGAAUCAUUAAGUUUAGUGUUCUAGGAAUUAAAAAACUACUUAAAAUCAAGUGUUUUAGAAUAACUCUUUCACUUAAACUUAUUGUAACGUAAGACAAGCGUAGUGAUUACCAGUAAACGUGUAAUGGAGUAGAGUGAAUUUUGUGUGAUCACCGCGUACGUGUAUUAUGGCUCAAAGAUUCCCUCCCGGUGGCCCUCCUGUCGGUCCGAGCGGGCCCGGCGGGCCGGGCGGGCCGGGGCCGGGACCAGGACCGGGCCCGGGCGGGCCGGCGGGCGCGGCGCUGCCGCCGCAGCCGCGGUACGCGGGGGCUGCUCCGCCGCCUAACGCCAUGCCGCCGCGACCGUAUCCUGGACCUAAUUUUCCGCAACGCAGCGGCUUCACCCCGCCGCCGGUGCCGGCGGGCGGCACGCCGCGGCCGGCGCCGUACGGCGCGCCCCCGCACGCGCCCCCGCACGCGCCCCCGCACGCGCCCCCGCACGCGCCCCCGCACGCGCCCCCGCACGCGCCCCCGCACGCCGCGCCGCGCCCCGCGCCCGGGCCCGGGCCCGCGCCGCCCGGCAAGCGCGCGCCCGACAACCGCAGCCCGCUGCCGCCGCAACAUAAGCCGCCUAACAUGUACAAUAACGAGUACGCAGCCGGCGGUGGCAAACGCAAGAAGCGUCUAGCAGACAAGAUCCUUCCCCAGAAGGUCCGAGACCUGGUCCCCGAGUCCCAAGCCUACAUGGACCUGCUGGCCUUCGAGAGGAAACUGGACGCCACCAUAUUGAGAAAGAGGCUGGAUAUUCAGGAGGCGCUGAAGCGGCCUAUGAAGCAGAAACGAAAGCUGAGGAUCUUUAUAUCCAAUACUUUUUACCCAGGUCAGGGCGACAACGCGGUGGCGUCAUGGGAGCUCCGUGUGGAGGGGCGGCUGUUGGACGACGCUAAAGGAGACCCUGGCAAGGUGCCGCAGGUUAAACGCAAAUUCUCAUCAUUCUUCAAGUCAUUGGUGAUUGAGCUGGACAAGGAGCUGUACGGGCCAGACAACCACUUGGUGGAGUGGCACCGCACCCUCACCACGCAGGAAACUGAUGGAUUCCAGGUGAAACGCCCUGGCUACAAGAACGUGCGUUGCACUAUCCUACUGCUACUGGACUAUCAGCCGCUGCAGUUCAAGUUGGACGGUCGCUUGGCCCGUCUGCUCGGCGUGCACACACAGACUAGACCUGUCAUCGUGAACGCACUCUGGCAGUAUGUUAAGACACAUCGUCUGCAGGAUCCUCAUGAACGCGAAUGGGUCGUCUGCGACAAGUAUCUGGAGCAGAUCUUCGGCUGUGCACGUAUGAAGCUUGCCGAGGUCCCGGGUCGCUUGGCCGCCUUACUGCACGCUCCGGACCCGAUCGUCAUUAACCACGUAAUCGGCGUCGAAGCGCCGCAUGACGCUAAACAGACCGCUUGCUACGAUAUUGACGUAGAAGUGGACGACACAUUGAAGUCCCAGAUGAACAGCUUCCUUCUGAGCACGGCCAACCAGCAAGAGAUCCAGGGACUCGACUCCAAAAUACAUGAGACGGUGGACACUAUCAACCAGUUGAAAACGCAUCGCGAGUUCUUCCUAUCAUUCAGCAAGGACCCGCAACAGUUCGUGCAUAAGUGGCUCGUGUCGCAGUCGCGUGAUCUUAAGACGAUGAACGGUGGCGGUGGCAACCCGGAAGAGGAGCGUCGUUCCGAGUUCUACGCGCAGCCCUGGGCCGGCGAGGCCGUCGCCCGCUACCUGUCCGCCCGGCUCACGCAACGCCGGCAGCAACUGGACGCGGCGCUUACUCCACAUCUCACUAGACUUUAAGUUCUGUAGCUUUUUAGU